GCCAGUUGUUGUGAUAAUUGUUCACGUUUAUGUGCUAUUUUUUCGCACGUUGGACAUUCCACUCGUUAUCGUCGGUUACGUGCUUGUGAACAUAUCGGGGGUGUGCAGCUUUUGGGCUAGGGUGGGAUUUCAGUGACAGGGAACUAAGUUUGUUAUUCUAAGUGCGUCGAGUACAAAAGCAGAACGUCCACGGAUGUUAAGGAAGUGACUAAUCUUUCUCAGUAUCUUAGAAACAUCUUCGUUGUAUAUACCAAUGGAUAGUGAUUGUUUGGAAAUGGACUUGACUACAAAACAAAGAGAUGGGGCCCCACUGCGUGUAGCCAAAUCGGUAUUCUCAAUAAGGAGCCUUGUCGAUCUAGGAGAUGUAGGGGAGAGGUUUGAUGAUAGAGACAAUGGUACUGGAAAUGGAGAAUCAGCUCCAUCCGACACUAACCCUGACAUAAUGGGCGUAUCUGAAGAAAUAACACCAAACGCUGGAGUAGAGCCUAGACCUGCAGGACCUGAACAAAGCGACGGAAGUGAUCCCGAACCCGACGAAUUUGCUCCGAAAAGAAAACAAAGACGGUAUAGAACGACUUUCACUAGCUACCAAUUAGAGGAAUUAGAGAAAGCGUUCUCCAGAACUCAUUAUCCUGAUGUAUUUACAAGAGAAGAACUAGCCAUGAAAAUUGGUCUUACUGAAGCAAGAAUUCAGGUCUGGUUCCAGAACCGUCGUGCGAAAUGGAGGAAGCAAGAAAAGGUCGGUCCUUCUGGACACCCUUAUAAUCCGUACUUGAAUCCAACAGCUGCCGGACCCGCAGCACCAAUCGUUGCUACAACGCUGCCAAAUCCGUUCAAUCUACCAUUUGGUUUACGAAAACCGUUCGAUUCAUUAACAUUUCGUUAUCCCCCUCACGUUUUACCUGGUUAUCUACCUUCUCCUCCUUCCUACCAUAGAGGAGCUCCUCCACUUCUGCCUACGUCUGUUGGAUUGUACCCAUCGGCCAGCUCGUUUCAAACGCUUCUAGCUAAUAUCUCGGCUGCUCAGAGACCAAAGCAAGAAUUUACGGCGUCUCCUCCGUUGAGUCCUGGUUCAUCGGGGUCAGCUGUAACCCCACCUGAUGUAGAUAGAAGAAGUUCCAGUAUCGCUUCUUUGAGACUAAAAGCUAGGGAGCACGAGUUGAGGUUGGAAAUGCUCAGGCAAAAUGGUGAUUUGAUAAGCUGAACGUUUUUAGUAGUUUCAAACAUCUUUAAGGCAGUAAAAAUAAACGUAUUUUAGUAUUUACUACCCUUUUCAGUAUUUAGAUAUUUUUAAAAUAUUUUUUCAAAUUUAUUUUGAAGUUGACGUAAAAUCGCAAUUUUCACGCAAACAUUGUGUUAGUCGAUAUAUCAUUAAUCACAGAUUUUUAUCUCAUUUAUAUAUUUAUCAUGGUGAUAAUCCAAGUCGUGGAAAAUUGUGUGAUUCUUCUUGUACACAGACUACUGAGAAAACCAGUAGUCAUUAUGAUGUUAUUUUAAUUAAUAUUGUGGAAUAAUGUGAACAACACAUACAUGUCUUGGAUAUAGUUCCUUAUUUCAUUUAAAUAUGACUAACAUUGUUUGAUAUACUCGUAUAUUUUAUACAUAAGUAUUAAUUUCACAUAUUUUCAUCAUUCUAGAUCUAAAUUUUAUGAAGAAAUAUCUCGCCCACAUUUAUCUAUUUUGUUUAGCUUGCUUACUAUAUGAAUCUUAAGAGAUUACGUGAUAUCCAAGGCAGCCAACGUGUUAAAACUCCUACGUAAUAUAUAGGAUGAUUCUGAAAAAGUUAAUAUCGUUAAUUGAACUUUAUUCUUGUAAAAUUUGUUCUGUAGACUGUAAAUACCACAUUUAAAGUAUUAAGAUGUGUCGUUAAGACAGUUUUAUUUGUACAUAUUAUUUUAGUAUUUAUAAAUGAAAUUUGUAGUUAGAAUAAUUUGUUUCAUAUUUCAUAUGAUAUCUUGCAAACACUGAUAUCCCAAAACGUACAGUAUCUUGUAAACGAAUCCGUCCAAAAUGUCUUAUAGAUUUUAAAAUUAUGAAUAAAUAUUUUAUAAGUUA